GACCAACUGACCAGUGGGCCCCAGCUGACUUCUUUGCUUUCUCGCAGUUUGGAAGGGGGGAGAGAUCUCGAUCUCGAGAGAUGGCGGAGGAGCAGGCUGCCGCCGCGGGCUCGUCGGCGGUCGGGCGCGCGGUGGAGGAGGUGCGCUCCGCCCUCAACGAGCACGCCGACGUGGUCGCCGAGCUCUUCGGCCGCGUCUCCUCCGAGCUGCGCACCGGCUUCGCGCCAGCCGUCGACUCCUUCAUCGGAUUCUUCCACGCCGUCGACUGGAAGGAGCCUUGGUUGAUCAGCAUGCUAACUUUUCAUGCCAUUCUGCUGCUGGUUACCAUCAUCUCAAGGAGAAACAUCAAUUUCCAACUUAUCUUGUCAGCUCUAACAUUUUCUGGUGUGUUUCUUGCUGAGAGAAUAAACACCUUUUUGGGACAAAACUGGAAGAGCUUCUCUAGCCAAAACUAUUUUGAUCCCCAAGGCCUCUUCAUUUCAGUCGUCUGGUCUGGCCCCCUCCUUUUGAUAACAAUCCUUAUUCUGGUGAACACUCUUGUGACGCUCUGCAUGCUGAUCGUAAGGUGGAAAAGGGCAGAGCUCAGGCAUCGUGCUCGCCAGGCUCGUAACAAGCAGGACUGAUCUUAACCUGCAUCAACGUACUUUGGUGGCCUGUACGAAAGUUGAUUGCAUGCUACAACUGAUCUAACCAAGAAUCAUGUUUCCGAAAGGAUGCUCAUUUAGGUAGCAGAAUAUAAUAUUCUGAGAUGGUCAGAUUUUGCUGGUGAGCUGUUGACCAUCCAUCACCCUGUAAUAUUGUCUCAUAUGAUCUCUUUGAGCGAGGACACUAGGGUUGUUCCUAUUUAUACGGGAGGUGGUUCAUUCAGAUGUCAAACCUCAGAGUUGCUUGAUACUAUUUUUUUAGUUGUGUAGACUCAGGUGCAUCAACUUCUGAUUGUUAAUUUCUGCAAGAAUUUUUCUUUGAACAGCUGAAUUUAAGCCAUCCUUACACUGCUCUGAAAA